GAUUGGCGCGAGAGCCUACAGCACUAGUUCUUGGCUGUCAGCUUUGGCCUGCGGAGGCUCCGUUUUGCGGUAGGCCCCGCGUGGCUGCUCCUGCGUCGUUACUCAAAUCUCAAGUAACUAAUUUAAUUUUUAUUCUCCAAAUCAUCAACGCCUCGACCAGCGAUUCAGCUUCUAUUGUCCUCUAUCAAGAAGUUGAAUUCGAAUAUAUAAACAAAAACAUCCUUCGCUCCAAAAUCCAGCGGAUUAAAUACAAUUGAGUCGCAGUUGCGCUAACGCGUCUUCUCAACGGCAAAUCAGGAUCAUUGGAAAUCAUGACUCGUGGAAAUCAAAGAGAGUUGGCUCGUGCCAAGAACAUGAAAAAAUCUGGUAAAAAAGCUGCUGCGGAGCAGGAAAGCAACAAAGGCCUUACUCUCGAACAGAGGAAGGAAAGAGAUGCACAGCGAAUGAGGGAAAAACAACUAAAAAAGCAGCAAGAUGCUAUGGAGGGUAAAAAACAAUCUGAAAAAUAAUAAUUAUAGUUCGUUUCUACCAAUAACCAAUUGAAUGAAUCCAACAAAAAUGAUAAUGAGAAACACUCUUUUAUGAGUGAUCCUUUUAAAGAUAUGCAUUAAUAAAAUAAAGACUUCUGAGAGUAAAUAUGUGAUUUCUCAGCAUAGCACAUGAAUUUUAUAUAGAGCAUACAGAACAUGACAAGUGUUGUAAUUGUUCUACCAAGUAUUAACUAGGACUUGUGAAUAAACGCACCAUUAAUGAAUUAUUUUGAAAUUCGUGUAUGAUUUGUAGGAAUUAGUAAUUAAAUUAGUAAAAGGUUGAAUGUAUUCUAAUUACGUGUGAUUAUUCCAAUGUGAAUGUGAACUCUUAAUUUUUAUGAACUUUAUUAUUUUCAUUCAUUCUAUACAUAAAUGUCAAAUGUAAUUUAGUCAUUUUAAAACACAAUAAAUUUAUGAAUUGUUAUUGGAAGGACGAUUUAUUCUUCAAAUGAA